GCAGCAGCAACACCAUCGGCAACGGCAACGGCAACACACGACGGUCGGCUGUCGAAGAUUCAGAUUCAGUCGAGUGCCGAACGAGCUGAUGGACGCACGUGUGGCGCGUUGGUUCAAGAAAUCCCAAGCUGAAAUCCCGAAAUCAGACUCCAGCAAACAGACAGUAACGCAAAAAGCGAGACUCGCACGAAUCACAAGUGUUGGGAAAGCGUGAAAACCGCUGGCAUCCGGAAAAACAAAAAGCAAAAGCAAGUCCCGAAACUCCAGUGGAUCCCCGGUGUGUGAUAACUGCUGUGAUCUGUUAGCUGCGCUGCGUAUGGCGAGUGGCCGGCCGGCCGGCCCCAAGAAAAUUCUGUAAAUGCGUGGCGGCGACUUUUCAUGUGCUGCGGAAAACCCUCGAACCCAGGCUGCCCAGAUGGAUGGAUCGGCGGUAUAGAGGAGCACUGGCGACGGCGUCGCUGGCGGUCAGCAACACUCAUUGCAGCAGCAGCAGCAGCAGCAGCAGCAACACCUUCGAAACGGGUUUCCCCGCGUUUUGAUACGCCCGUUCACGGUCUCGGGAGGGGGGAAAGUGCGCCUUUUGAUCUAGCGCUCUGCGAUCGGAGAGAUUUCGAUUUCCCAGGAAGCGCAAAGGAAAAUACCACACGGGAAAAACGCACAUAGCUUAAGCAAAUAAAUCAUAUUCUGCCGCUCGAAAUAACAAGAGAAAAACGUUUGAAGUGCCAAUGUGAAAAGUUAAAAGUUUAUGCGGUCCACUAACAAGCGGGAAAACAAAUAUGUAGCUGUCUGAAACCAGCAAGUGGAAAUCAAACGAAAAGUAUUAAGCAGUCCAAAAUAAGUUACACAAAAAUAAAACAAAAUUCACGCAACUAUCCAAGCACAUAAUCUCAAAACAAAAACGCAUCGAAUAGAAUAUUAAACAAUUUUUAUACGGCCACUUAACAAUUUUAUAUUAAUCGCAAUCGCAAUCAUUUUGACAAGCAUACAAGAAGUAAACUUACUUACAACGCUAAAGAGAUAACAUAAAUAUUUAAUAACGUAGAGCCCUAGCAUCUAGUAAUUUAUUAACUAAAGUAAAGUACUUACCACAAAAGCAUCCACAAUAUAUCACGCCAAAAAGUAGACUAUAGAAACCGCAUUUAGCAAAAUCCACAAUUCACCAACAACCGCUUCGAUAAUCCAUAAUAAGUAAUAACAUAAUAAAGUCCAAUAAACCAGUAAAAUGCCAUCGUCAACGGGAGUCUUUGUGCUAAUGAUCAUCACCCACCUGAGUUUGGGCCAGGUGCGAAACGAGGACCAGCUGCUGCUGGUUGGCCAGAAUGGCGAUCUCGACAGCAGCAACCCUGCAAUUCACCACCAGCAGCACCAACAGCACCAGACACACCAACCACACCAACAACACCAGCCACACCAACAACACCAGCAGCACCAGAGCAACCACAAUCUGAACACCGGGAACAUGAACAGCACGAUACUGAACACCCUGAUGGGAAACACUGCUGGUCAGGUGGUGGUGAGCAGUUCCCCGGGUGGCGGCGGAUCCAUGAUCAACCAAUUGGGCAGCAGUACAUCGAGCGUGCCCUCGGCGAUUGGAGGCGGCGUGGGGUCCGUGGGAAGCCCCUGGCACUCGGCUGUGGGACUCGGAGUUCCUGGCAACGGCAUGGGGCUACAGUCGGCGCGGGAUCACGGUCUCGGCGGCAACAUGGGCGCCCAUCCGCAUGGACACGCUUUGGCAGGACUGGCCAAGUUGGGCAUCAUAGUGCCCGGCAGCCAAGGAUUACCUGGGAGUCUGGGCUACGGCGGAACCAUGCUCACUGGCGGCGGAGUAGGAGGCGCUGCCGGAGUGGGCCUAGGAAUCGGCUCCAGCUCUAAUAACAUGGAUAUGCAGCCAGGCAUUUACAACGAGCACUUCAUUUCGGAGCACACAGUGAUGGCGGUGUUCACCUCGCAGGGCCAAGUGGGUGGACCCUGCAGAUACAUGCCGGCCACGCGGCGACAGAACCACCAGUGCCGCAAGGAGACGGGACUGCCGGGAACGCUCAGCGAAGCCCGCCGCCUGGCCACCAGCCACUGCGAGGAGCAGUUCCGCUACGACCGCUGGAACUGCUCGAUCGAGACGCGCGGCAAGCGGAACAUCUUCAAGAAGCUCUACAAGGAGACGGCCUUCGUCCACGCGCUCACGGCGGCCGCCAUGACCCACUCGAUAGCCAGGGCCUGUGCCGAGGGCCGGAUGACCAAGUGCAGCUGCGGGCCCAAGAAGCACAACAGGGAGGCGCAGGACUUCCAGUGGGGCGGCUGCAACGACAAUCUGAAGCACGGCAAGCGGGUGACCCGCAGCUUCCUGGACCUGCGCGGCGGAGACGGGGACGAGGUCAGCGAGAUAUUGCGACAUGACUCGGAGGUCGGCAUCGAAGCUGUUUCCUCGCAGAUGAUGGACAAGUGCAAGUGCCACGGCGUCUCCGGCUCCUGUUCGAUGAAAACCUGCUGGAAGAAGAUGGCCGACUUCAAUGCCACAGCCACGCUCUUGAGGCAGAAGUACAACGAGGCCAUUCGCAAGGCGCCCAACCAGCGAUCCAUGCGCCAGGUGUCCUCGAGUCGCAUGAAAAAGCCAAAGCAGCGCCGCAAGAAACCCCAACAAUCGCAAUACACCACGCUGUACUAUCUGGAGACCUCGCCCUCCUACUGCGCGGUCACCAAGGAUCGGCAGUGCCUGCACCCGGACAACUGUGGCACCCUGUGCUGUGGGCGUGGCUACACCACGCAGGUGGUGAAGCAGGUGGAGAAGUGCCGGUGCCGGUUCAACAAUGGGCGGUGCUGCCAGCUGAUCUGCGACUACUGCCAGCGGCUGGAGAACAAAUACUUUUGUAAAUAGACGGGGUGUCAUCUGUCGCCGACUUUCUCCGCCCGUCUCCGUCAUUUUCUACCCCUCUACUGUACUGUGCUCUUUGAAAAUGUAAUUUGUAAAGUUUUUUUCUACCUUUACGGCUUGUAAUUUUUUUCCAUUCCUAACAAAUAUUACUGAAGAUAAGCAAAAGGAACGAAUGCAGAACGACAGCAGAAGAGAUCGAUCAGAAAGCUAAGGCUUCGCUAAUGGCCAAACUCACCAGCUCACACACAUACCCAAAUGCACACACACAGUCACACACACAGUCGCACAGACACACACAAGCGCAUACAUGCAUCUAUCUAUUUAAUUACUAUAUAAUAUAUAGUAAGCAUUAGCUACCGUCGCAAAGAAAAAAUCUCAAAAAAAUCGCAAAACUUUAUUUAGCAAAACGGAAAACCAACAAAAAAACACGGACACACACGCCAACAACAACCGAAAAGCAGAAGCUAACAAACACACAGCAACAAAA